CAGCCCUUACUAAAUCACCCAGUCUCCUGGCAACCAGACGCCAAUCAGCACGCAGGAUCUCCUUCUGUAGUAACCACAGUGUGGGGCGUGACCAAUCCCACACACAGCCAGGUGUUGGUUGCACCCAUGGGUCCAGGUGAGAGCUCUGGAAGUCACAUGUUGCUUGGUGGCAGCCCUGGUUUGAGCUCUGCCAUGGCCUCUCAGUUCAUGGGACCACAGUCGUAUAGAGAAGCUGUGUCUAAAGGCUACGGACAUCCAGUCAUGUACGGACGUCCCAGCCCCACGUACAACCCUGCCUCGGCCUAUGGUGGAAAUUACUCAGGUAACAGUGGGGCUGCAGGUCUGGGUGUUCGGCCUCCGUCAGACUUCACACAGGCCGCUGCGGCUGCCGCCGCGCCCCCCCCGGCCACAGCACCUGCCACUGCUACGGCAACUGUUGCGGCAAUCCAGGAAAAACAGCAGCAGGAGCUGAGCUAUGGACAGGUGAGUGGGUCACCUCCAUACAGCACCCAGUUCCUGUCACAUUCAGGCCCCCGUGGCCCUUCAGCAAUGAACCCUACUGGGAUGGUCCCUUCCAGACCUGGGCCUCCCCCCUCCUCUGUGGGCAUGUAUCCCACUCAUCCUGCACAGAUACAAAAGAUGGCACAGCACGGAGGCUAUCCCAGCGGACCGCAUGUGCUCAAACGACCUUUCCCUUCUGAGGGAUUUCCAGUGCAGCAGUAUGGUCCUACUGGGAUGGCAGGUUACCAUAACCAGACGUUGCAGUACCCGACUGGCCCCCAGCAGAGAUGUGCCCCCUCUCCCUCCUACACCACCCCACGGUUGCCUUCCAUGGCACAGUUCACCUCUGGAUCACACAUCCCAGUACAGUUUCCUCCAGGACCAGGGCAGCUCAAUCCUCCACAGUAUUACAAAUCAGAGUCUUUCAGCGCUCAGGCGGGAUUCAAUGCCUUUACACAGGCCGCUGCAAUAAACGAGCCAGGUAGGGGUGGAAUGAUGCCGAGCUACCCCAGCUCACCCAUGGGAGGAAACCCUACCCCACCAAUGACACCUGGCAGCUCCAUACCACCCUACCUAUCUCCAGGUGCGGACACAAAACCUCCAUUCCCUCCACCAGACACUAAAGCCAACAUCAACAGCCAGCAACCGUCAAUAGGAAACCCCAGUGAUGACCUGCGGCUAACUUUUCCUGUCAGGGAUGGUGUUGUGUUAGAGCCGUUCAGACUGGAGCACAACCUGGCUGUUAGUAACCACGCCUUCCACCUGCGAGAUUCUGUCUACAAAACACUCAUAAUGAGACCUGACCUGGAGCUGCAGUUUAAGUGUUACCACCACGAGGACAGACAAAUGAACACGAACUGGCCAGCUUCUGUGCAAGUUAGUGUUAAUGCAACUCCUAUGUCCAUUGAGAGAGGAGACAAUAAAACUUCCCACAAGCCCCUGUACCUGAAGCAUGUGUGUCAGCCAGGAAGGAACACCGUACAGAUCACAGUAACAGCCUGCUGUUGUUCCCACCUGUUUAUGUUGCAGCUGGUGCAUCGACCUACGGUGAGGUCAGUCCUGCAGGGUUUGAUGAAGAAAAGACUGCUGCCUGCUGAGCACUGCAUCAUCAAGAUAAAGAGAAAUUUUAGUAGUGGUACAAUCCCUGGGACUCCUGGUGUCAACGGCGAAGAUGGUGUGGAGCAGACAGCAAUCAAAGUUUCUCUCAAGUGUCCAAUCACCUUUAGACGCAUCCAGUUGCCGGCCAGAGGUUUUGACUGUCGGCAUAUACAGUGUUUUGACCUAGAGUCCUACUUACAACUCAACUGUGAAAGAGGAACGUGGCGAUGUCCUGUCUGCAAUAAAACUGCAGUGUUAGAGGGCCUCGAGGUCGACCAGUACAUGCUUGGUAUACUUGUCUACAUACAAAAUUCUGAUUAUGAGGAGAUCACUAUAGAUCCAGUUUGCGGUUGGAAGCCGGUGCCUGUCAAACCAGACCUGCACAUAAAGGAGGAACCUGAUGGUCCGGUCCUUAAACGCUGCCGCACAGUGAGCCCGAGUCACAUGGUGCUCCCAAAUGUAAUGGAAAUGAUUGCAUCGUUGGGACCAGAAUCCUCGCCUUACCAGAGUCUGACCACAGGAGGCAGGACUUCACCUGACUACAACAGGCCAGGGAGCCAUGGAUUCCCAGGCUUCACAGAUUUCCCCAACACUCCUGGGACACCGACACUUACAGAGUUCUCCUCUUCAUCGGGUCCACCAUCUCUCCCCUACCAUCCUGAGCAGGAGACACCUCCUGGACGGCUGGAACUUUCACAGAACAUUCUGCAGCAGCAGCAGCAGCAGCAGCACAGCUCUGGUGUUCACACUGACACUGGCAGUCCGCCGUCUCAGCAGAAUACUAAUACCCAGAAUUCACGGCUACAAAGCAACAGCUCCUUUGGUUUGGGGGACAAUGGGGCUCCUGGAGGAGAGGGAGCUGAUCCUGCACUGGAUCUUCUUCCUGAGCUGACGAACCCCGAUGAGCUGUUGUCCUACCUGGGUCCUCCUGACCUCCCCAACAACAGCAAUGACGACCUGCUGUCUCUCUUUGAGAACAACUGAAGUUUGUCCUCUGCUGGUGUCCUAAUAUAGAAUCUAAAUGAGUGAAGAUUGGAAGUGGGUUAAACCAAACCAACAAAGCAGCUUCACUGUCUGUGUAAAUUGUUAAUCUGCUUCACCACCUUUACCACUGUGAGAAUCAGAAACGACAUCCUAUCCCUCAGUUAAUUGGUGUACUUCAGGGAAGGACCCUUGAUUACCUUAAUUUCAAGAACGUAGGUCCCGGACCAAAGGUUCAUCCCAGUGCACAAAAACCUCCACAUUUACAACACACUGAUCCUUACAAUAAAGAUGUAAUCUUUCUUAGUCAGGUCCUAGAAAGGACCUAGAAUUCUUUGUGUACACAAACUAUCACACUUUCACAGUCUACUUCAACAUCUCUUUCAAUAAGUAAAAAUCCUAGGAAGGACUAUUUAUUACUUUUUGUAGAACAUACAGUAGAAGUGAAAUGAUUAACUGUACUAAGAAUAGGUCCUUGUCUGGAGAAAUUUCACAUCUCUCUCUUUCUCUCAUUUUCAUUCCUUCUCUCAGUGGGUGUUGGUGUUGGUGGUUAGAUGUUGGAAGCACUCCAACUGCUCUGUACUCUGAUGCCGUCUGCCAUUUUUAAGCUUUUGAAAGUUCUUCGUAUGUUUUGUUUUCUAUGUAACAAGCAGCAGCAGGGUGAAGGUAGAUGUUCAGUAUAAUCUGCUGACUUCAUACAGGUUUCAUCAGAUUUAAAGGUGACUUGUGGUCGUUCCUAUACUGUAUGUUGCUAGUACAAGACAGCGUCAUUGCUUCAGUACAUAUGCUGUAAAAUGAGGCCAUUCUCACAUACAGAUUGCAUAUAUACACAUACAUGAUCAUCACAUACAUCUAUGAUACUUAGCAGGCAUAGCAGAAAACACAUUAGGAUUGUGGAUUUUCAAGUUACUCGAGUUUAUUCUUUAAAUCUGACGAUGCCUCAACAAGGCAACAGCAAAUGAUAUUUUAGAAAAACGAAUAUUGUACUUGGAAACUGUCUGCAAAUUUAUAAGAAGUUGUUUUUAAAUUGUAAAUUAUUGCACAUAUUUUGUAACACAUUGUAAUUGCUAUUAUUUUCUAUUUAUUUUUUAAAUCAUGAGUGUUGUGGUACCUACAGUUAUGUUCUUAAAAGUAAAACAGAAUCAUAAUUAAAAUCAUUUUAUUUGA